CAAUAACGGUGAACAUUAAUAAGAUCUUUUACAAGAUUAUUUUAAUAUAAAAAUUCGAUCGUGCUAUAUAAUUCAAAGGCACUUACGAACCGCGUUCCAUUUCUAAUCCUCCGGCUAUUGUAAUUUUUUGGAACCUUAUACUUCACGUAACGAAUCGAAUCGGUAUGAAAAAAUAUGUUAAAAAACGAGGGAAUGGUACAGUAUAUCUCGAUUCGUGUUAGUCGGUCGGACAAAAUCGAAGAACAAAGAUGGGCGCGUAACUUAGCGGAUUGCAUAAUCGGAGAAAGUGGUUGCGAAAGGAGUCACUCGCUCGCCGUAAACGUAAUGCCGGUCUCGGUGUUGGUGACCGGUCGAACAUUAUAUCAUAAAGCGAGGGAAACGUUAUGUCACGAAAUCGUGGAUGGUUCACCGGUGGCUGGAAGGUUCUCAUAUAAUUACAAAACUACGCUGAAACUCGCGUAAAAGAAAGUAUAUUUCGAUCGGUAUCUCUGUCGCGAUAUAACACCAUUCACGGUUUGACUUUGAACGUUGCCGGCAAACUAUGCCAGCGGUUCGUUAAAGAGAGUGCAUCCGAAGAUCUAGACGCCACGUGAACGAAUUCGAACGAUAUUUUGAACAUAAUAUGUAUUUAAAAACGCUCGGAAAGAACGUAAGACGAUCACAGAGUGUGCUUAUUAUAACCGAACGACGAAUAAUCAAAAUCGUAUCACUUUUUAGAACUCCGUUCGAUAAGCUUUCGGAUUCUGAAAAUUUGAAGUUGCGUUGACGUUCCUUCGAAAGUACUCGGUCGAGCAGCAAAAUGGGAGCGAUCGAAUGGGUAACCGGAGAAGACGAUUACGAGUGUUCUCUUUCGGAAGAUACGCAGAAACUUACCAAGGAGGAACUCCGAGAAGAUAAAAAUACGAGAGAUCAGGCACUUCAGCAAGUACGCAACUGGAUCAAAUUGAACCCGCGUAUUCAGAACUGCCGACUGGAUGCUCAAUUCUUAUUAAGAUUUUUGAGAUGUAAAAAAUUUAACGUACCAAUGGCCGAGGAGGCGAUCGAGAGAUAUUUGUUGCUUCGUCAGGUAUACCACCCGGCUUUCAACAAUUUAGACAUGUUUGAACCGACGAUGGAGGAAUUGAUUUCUUUGGGGUAUUUGUUCGCUGUUCCCGGCCGCGACGAGAAAGGCCGUCGCGUUAUAAUUGCCAGGCCAGGUGUCUUCGAUCCUCACAAGUACACGAACGUCGACAUGUGUAGAAUUCACGCGAUCACCUACGAAACUCUGAUGGAAGACGAAGAAAAUCAAAUACGAGGUUUUGUUCAUUUUGCCGAUGGAGGUGGCGUUAGUUUCCCGCAUUUGACGCUUUUCACGCCAAAAGAAGCUGUUCGCAUCGUGAAAAACGGAGAGCGCACCAUACCGAUGCGGCACAAGGAAGUACACGCUAUUAAUAUUCAUCCCUCCCUGAAAUUCGCUCUCGAUUUCGGCAUGUCGUUGAUUUCUGAGAAGAUCAAAAAACGCGUCAAGAUUUAUACCAGCCUCGAAGACGCCAUCAAUCGAAAAAUGGACACGAGCAUGUUGCCUAAAGAGUACGGUGGUACGAUGCCAAUGAAGGAAAUGAUCGCACUGUGGAGAAAGGAAUUGCUAGAAAUGAGACCAACCUUAUUGAGUCACGAUAAGAUGAGAGUAUGCUUGGAAUUAUACUCGGACAAAGCUCGAGAAGGCGCAGUAUCCGCUUUGAAGCAAGGUUUGGGUUGCUCCGAUAUUGGCAACAGCGAUUCCACCAUGUACGGUAUCACCGGAUCGUUCAGAAAACUCGAAGUGGACUAACUCGAAACAAAGCAAAUUUGCAAGCUGGUAUAAAAUUUUUCGCGAAGAAGAGAUGGCGAAUCGAUCUCGGUCGGCGCGACAUAUUUUUUGCGCUCGACGAAUUGUUGAUAUUUUAAGUACGUUUACAAAUGGUAUUUAGACAUAGGGUAACGAAAUUAUUUUAAGUAUAAUAUAGCCACAAACGUACAAUUAAAAUCGGAGAAAUUGAAAUUAAGUUUUAAAUAGGUAUAAUUUUGAUAGUUCGUAAAUGACAUGUAAUUGUUUAUUGGUCACUAUGUAAAUAAGACUGCAUCAAUGGAAUAAACGGAUACUUUUUACAUAUA